CUCCCGAAAGUGAUGCUAUGUUAUUAUUGGAGCAUGGUUAUUAUUGCACGAUAACAACCGAACGCCUAUGGCUAUGCUGUUUAAAUAUAAUUACUGACCACGACGAGAGAGUCGGUUAAAUGGCUUUGUAUGCACAGCUUUAUUCGAUCGUCACCUAAUGGAAUAUCAUGUUUGUAAUCGGGUAAAGAGAAGCACUGAGACUGUCAGAGAGCAUACGAAGCCCUACUGCGCAAGCAACGGCCAGCACGUUCGACCGCUGCGACAGAGCGUCAGUUGGUGAGUCGUUGUUCCGCGUCGCAUUAGCGAAAGAACACAACGUGCGAAAACUUCGCAGAGCUAAUCUGUUAAUGGAGUAUGUAUCGAUGAUUUGCAGAAGCUCUUUACUUUGGUGAAGGUUGCCUACGCUAUGUUGAUCAUUACCCUGUUACUAAUGCUAUGGGCAUCCGUGGCGCGGAUGCACGAGCUACCUGUUCAGUAUCCACCGUGCUUCUUUAAUCCGCUUUGCACCUGCUCGAAAGCCAUACCAGACCUCGGUAUAGUGGCGUGCUACAAUGUGCCAAUGCCGCGAAUACCGCAACCGAUUAACUCGUCCAAGGUGUUCAUGCUACAGCUGGAGAACAACGGACUUAGAUUUCUGCAACCACAAUAUCUCAUGAACACCGGUCUUUACAAACUACAGAUCAAGCAUAAUCCGCUAGCGGACAUCCCAGAUGAAGCCUUUCUAGGUCUUGAGCGAUCAUUAUGGGAACUCGACUUAUCUUACAACCAACUCGCCAGCGUGCCGAGUAAAUCAUUCAGGCAUCUACAAAAACUGCGGCUUCUUGAACUCACAGGCAACAAGAUAUCGCGCAUCGCUCCAGAAAACUGGCGCGGUUUGGAGAAUUCUCUGCAAACUCUGCGGUUGGGUCGGAACGCGAUCGAGAAACUGCCAGCCGACGCUUUCGCCGGCCUUACGUAUUUAGAGAUCCUCGAUCUACGGGAAAACAGCCUAAAGGAGAUUGAUCCAUCGGUAUUCCGGGACGGAAUGGCACACCUCACGCACCUUUACCUGAACGAUAAUCAGUUGACACACGUGCCGUAUGCUCAACUAUCCUUACUAAAACGCAUGAAGGUCCUCGAUCUCAGUUACAACAGGAUCUCGAAGAUGCUGCAAACCCAACAGGAGCCGGAGAUUAGAGCCAUACAGAUGUCCUUGGACGUUCUGCAGCUGGAUUACAAUCAAAUCGAGACACUUAUGUCCGGUGAUUUUCAACACUUCUACAAAGUCAACCGCACAUAUCUCAAUAGCAAUCCGUUGACAAUGAUUGAGGAGGGCACAUUCAGAGACUCACGCAUUCGCGAGCUGUAUUUAAGUGACUGCGAUCUGUUGGAGAUCAGCUCUAUCAACUUGGCCGGUUUAGAGUCGACUCUCGAGUUAUUAGACGUCUCAGGAAAUAAUAUUACAACGCUACCGGACCGUCUGUUUCAAGAAUUCGAUUUUCUGCGUACGCUUAUUUUCCGCGAGAAUCACAUCGACACUUUCUCACCAGUCGAGGUGUUUAACGGUUUCCAAUAUUCUUUAUACAACUUGGAUCUCAGUGGUGAGCAAAACGGCAUAAUUUCUCUUCAAGACCUACGACAAAUGAGAAACCUGCGUUUCCUCUCGAUCUCGCGAAUGCCGCAGGCCACUUUGUCGGCGGAUGAUUUUCUGGAAUUUGGUAUGGAUAUUAAAGAACUUAGGAUAGUUCAUAGCAAUCUGAACACCAUCAAGAAUCACGCUUUCAUGCAUGUUCGUGGGAUCAAGUAUCUAGAUUUCUCUGAGAAUUCGAUUUCGACGAUAGACGAUGAAGCUUUCUCGGAGGUGGGCCACUCUCUUUUGACGCUAAAAAUGUCACAUGGUCUUGCUCCUACGAUUUCCGAGAUACCAAACCGACCGUUUAAGUCGCUGACAAAUUUGCAACAUCUCGACUUCAGUAACAACAAGAUUCGUUCCUUACCGGCAACGUCGUUCCAUUUCCUGAAAAGAAUCAAGCGGAUCGAGUUACAGGAUAACGAGAUCGACAAUAUACCGAAGGGCACUUUUCAAGGUGACAUACAUUCAACGCUGGAGGAAAUCAAUUUUGCAUUUAAUCAAGUGAAAAGCUUACAAACCCAUACGUUCGUCGAUCUGUCGGCUUUAAUGACAAUCAAUUUGGAAGACAACACCAUCGAGAGGAUCGAGAGACGAGCCUUCAUGAAUAUGAAUCGACUUAAGUACAUUAACUUACGUGGCAACAAGAUUAGAGACAUUACUGAUGAAGCCUUCCAGAAUUUACCGGAUCUGGAGUUUCUCGACCUUGCAUAUAACAAUCUCAAAGAGUUUGAUUUUGCCUCCUUCGAUCAAGUAGGCACACUGUCGUCGUUCAAAGUUAACGUUAGCCACAAUGAAAUUUCGAGAUUAUGGAUAAACAGUACUACUCUUACAUCACCUACUGCUAUCGGUGGUAACGUGCAGUCGAACAUCAAAGUUCUGGAUCUGAGUUACAACAAUAUAUCCGACAUCAUGAAAUACUAUUUCAAACCAGUCGAAUAUUCGCUCACCCAUCUAUACUUGUCGAACAAUCAGCUAAGGAACAUCACUCAGGGUAUCUUCGGCAACAUGCCGCACCUACAGUGGCUUGAUCUGAAACAUAACGAUCUUUUCGAAGUGGACUUUGAUUGUUUCAAGAACACGAAGAACUUACAAGUGCUUCUUCUCUCCUGGAACGAGAUCAUGGACAUUCCAGCGGAAGCAUUGAGACCUCUGAAGAAGUUACGGAUCGUUGACUUGUCUCAUAACAAGUUGAGAUCCUUGCCGGAUAACAUGUUUAUCGAUUGCAACAUAGAGAGUCUUGAUCUUUCGCACAAUCAGUUCACGAGACUCCCCAUCAAGAGCAUGUCGCUCACUUCCGCCGCGAGCUUGGCGAACUUGGAUAUGUCCUGGAACAUCUUGUCAGGGAUCCACAACACCGACACGAUAUUCAGACUUAGAGGCCUUGUGUGGCUGGAUUUAUCAUACAAUCGAUUGGUUAGACUGGACGACGGUGUGUUCUCCGAUUUGCCAUACUUGGCCCAUCUCGAUCUAAGUCACAAUAAGCAACUUAUUUUAGAAACCCGCGGAAGGACGUUCUAUGGUUUGGAGGAUACGCUCUUUUAUCUCAGCUUGAGCAACAUUUCUCUUUUAAGCGUUCCAGAGUUGCCACUGAGACGACUGCAGACAUUAUAUUUGGCACAUAACGAGCUGGCGUCGAUACCCGCGGAAAUGUCAUCGAAUCUGACGUCUCUUCACUAUCUGGACUUGAGUUUCAAUGACUUGACAGUGGUACCAUUGAUCACCCACUCGCUGCCAGAAUUGAAGACCUUCAACUUGGCAAAUAAUCCUAUUACAGCUAUCACGAAUACGAGCUUCUUAGGCGUGGCCGACAGUCUAGAGGAGUUGGACAUACGAAGACUCACUCUGUCGAUUUUCGAGGCAGGUGCACUUUGCAAAGCCACUAAGCUUCGUAAGCUACACAUCACUGCCUACAACGGCGUGAAGAACUUUAACUUUCCCACCAUACUGGAGUACAAUAAUGGCUUGAAGCAUUUGCUUAUUGACGUAUGUAUUGCGCGUGUAACAUCUAAUAUCCAAUAUAAAAAUGUCAAUUUAACUAAAUUCGAAAGUGAUUUACUGCAGGUUCAGAACGACACCAAUCUAGAGAAGGAAAUGAAAGGAAAAUUACCUUACAAAUUGUACAAUAUCACGCUGACCGGUCGAGAUCUGAAGGAUAUACAUCCAGAAAUAUUACGUGGCGUGCGAAAUCCACAUCUUCACUUUGGCUUGUACAAUACUAGCGUAACGACUGUGUCGCGGGAGACUUUCAGCAAUGCGCAACGAGUGCGUAAUAUCACGGUGGAGAUUCAUGACAGCGAUACUCGAACGCUGCAUAAUCCGUCGUCUGGUUACAAGCCGGGAGUGCCGAACGAGCGAUUUCUCAUGAAGCUUCGCUUAGCCGGCAGUUAUUUCAAUUGCGACUGCGAUAUCGGAUGGAUUGAGGUAUGGCAGAGAAAGCACAGGCAAUACCAAGAAGACCGAUGUACUUCUUACGAUAAGUCCAAGAAUGUGGAGCGCGAGGAAGGCGACGAAUUCAAUUGCUGGGACAACGGAUGGGACGACGAUCUGCGCGAGACGUUCUGCGUGAACAAGAACAACAUGUCGUUGUCGAAUAUGUUGAAAACUGAACUGGAAUGCGGAUGGGGCGCAGCGAGUCAUAUUAUCCUACCGAACACUUUAGGUCUUCUCGUCCUCUCGAUCUUCGUAGCUAUCGUUUAUUAAGCAUAUCUCGCGACUUCACACGAUAUUCUCGUCAAACCGUAAAUUUUAUAUCUAAGAAAAUAUAAUGAUAAUCGUUUUGCAAAGAAAGAUUGGAUUGUCAUUUAUACUCAUAUAUUUGUACAAAGGAAGAUUAAUUCGAAAUUAAAUGGACUUCUGUAAGGACAACACCGUCGCGAUUUUAUUUGCGCUUUACGAUGCGAAGAAUACGUGUUAAAUUUGUUCUUGACUUGUCUAGUCGUUCGUCAAGAGUUUCAUCGCGAUACUAACUGCCAUUUGUAUGAUUGGAAAAACGAUAAAGCUAAGUAUGCAUAUAAGACAGGCGUGUACGCUGAGUAACUGUACAACGAGUAUUGCGAAUUUUACCGUCGCUUGCUGCAAAUCCUUAGUCCUCCGUAUAUCGAGUACUUUGUCUAACACGAAUCUCAGUAUGAAGGAAAACAUCUGGAAAUUAUCUCACGCUAUAUUCAUUUUUUAUCUUAGAGCAUAAAAUUUGAGGCAUUAUUUGUAAUAAUUACUUGAAUAAUAGGGACGAUGUUAAUAAAAACGUAUAAUAAGGCCCACAAAGAUUGCACUGUAGCUUGAGCCAUUACUCUAAUCAAGGCAGCGAAUGAAUAUUCAUUUUGUGGUGUGCCACAGAA